ACACUCCAACAGCGCUGACAGCAAUCAUGUCAGUAGUUCUUUACAAUCCAAUGCUGUGUCGCGGGCCCGGGAGCCAGCCAUCAGAGACCCACAUCAAAUCACAAAUGUGAUCACGAAUAUUUUCGGAUUCAUUCAUCCUGAACGAAGUUCGUUUCAAACCAGUGUGGGAGCUUCACCACCUUAUUCCUGGAAAUGGUGGCGAGGGGUCAGCAAGGAUCCUAUCGAUGACGCGAAAUCUCUCACCUGCCGAAGUACUCCAGAUCAAG